AUGUCACUGGAUCUCACAUUGCAAAACAGUGUAGAUCCCGGCUCCAACUCUAAAAAUAUCAUCGUGCCCAAAGAAUGUUUCCGAUGUCACCAUAAGAUUGUACACGACCCUCAUAAGGCGAAAUCUACUCUGAAAGCGUUAGGAAAAUACUACCACGAAACAUGUUUUACCUGUCACGACUGUGCUGUGCCGCUAAAGCCCAAAUUCUUCCCCUACCAGGAAAACUCAUCGGACGAGCCUAUCUUACUAUGCCAGUACCAUUAUUUUAAAAGGCAUGCUUUGCUUUGUAAAGUCUGCGAUAAACCUCUCCGGGGACUGUAUUAUACUGCAUUUGGGGGAAGAUACGACGAAGAACAUUUUUCUUGUGUCAUCUGUCAUGCUCCUUGUGGUGUCAAGAAAUGCUUCAUUUUUGAGGACAACUUAUACUGUAAGUAUCAUUUCCUGAAAUAUUUCUCCAAACGAUGCAAAGGUUGUGAUUACCCGAUUUCUGACAAGUAUAUAGAGUUCCCGAAGGGUGACGAGGUCCAUUGUUGGCAUCCGGAAUGUUACGGGAUUCACAAGUAUUGGCACGUCAACCUAUCUCCAGAAAAACUGGCAUUGCCGCGGUUCACUCAGUCGAAAUACGAUCCCAAAUUGCCGUAUACAGAUAUAAACCCUACCUCCGCAGAACUGGAUAAGCAAAUGCAGGCGUUUGCUGCCAUUUUAACAAAGACGUGGGUUGUACUGUAUCGUUUCGAAGAGGAAACCGCCUCUUGCAUCUCAGAUAUGCUUCAAUAUCUAACUAGUUUCGAUCAGAUGAAGGGGAUUGAAGCCACUGCGCUAUUUGUCCUUAAAAUUGAGUGUCUCUUCUCAGGGUUGGACCACUUGCCAGCUUUCAACAUACUAACAAAAUUACAAGAUGGUUCAAAGAAUGAUAAACUACGACAAACAGAUACAGAAUAUAACGAUUCCAAAACAAAAUAUCUCUCCUUGACAAGAAACCUAACUACGAAAGUUAUGAUCUACUUGCAACUGUUGAGAAAACUCAAUACAGUGUCCUCAAAGAAAUCCAUAAUGUCGUCAUUUAUGUCUGUAAUUACAGGAUUGGCAAAUUUCUUGAAGUUCUUAACACGGUAUGGGUUCUAUGAAUCACUUGAGGACAACCAGCGCAGUCACUACACGUCGUCAUUAACAAAAUUCCUAAUAGAGGUGGAACGAAAUGAGCUUUACACCAAGAACCCAUUUUCUGAGAUCGAUAUCCCGGUCACUGCGACAGACGCUUGCUCCGGUUGCUCAAAAUACAUCCAAGAGGAGUGCAUUCAAUUUCAAGAGCACAGAUGGCAUUUGGAAUGUUUUACAUGUGCAUCAUGUACUAAGACUAUCGGUCUGGUGGAUCUUAAUGACUCCAACUUCAACAAACGAUUAAAAACAGUCUUAUGUUUUAAUUGUUCGUUGAAAGAUCCUGAAUCAGUGCCCGGAUUUAAGUUGGUAACUAGGCUCUCUCAGCUGAUAUACCUUCUCAAAAUUGCGUUGGUAAGGUCGAGAGUGGUCAUGAAGGCUCAAUUGAAGAAUACAAAAACGAACACACCUAAUGUCAUAAACGGAGGAACAACAUCGGUCCAGCAAACGUAUAUUAGAACAUUGAACGACAUUAAAAGACUACGUUCAAAGAGAGAAAGCGUUAGAUUAACGAAAAAUAACAAACAGGAGGCGCGUAAGUCACUCGUGGUAAAUACAGGAGAGGAGGAAGUGGAUAAAACGUUGACCGAAAACCCCAACAGGCUAAUCAUUGAAACAGAAAAAGUUUCAUCCACGAUCGCAGAAGAGGAAGGACAGGAAGAAGUACGGGCAUCACACGACAAUGUAUUCAAUAACACCAAGUCAUUAACAUUGGACGAUAUUUCUCGAAUUGUUGCCGCUGAACAAGCUCGGGAACUGAGACCAAAUGCCUUCACCCAUUUCAAGAAAUUACAAGAAGGCGACGACGAAGUCGUCAGCGUUACACAGAAAAGAAGCGGCGUGUAUUACUCUGAGUUGAACGAUGAUGAGUUGCGUACUCUGUGGAUUAUAAGCGCUACUUUAUUAGUCGAGAACGGUUACGCGCCUGCCACGGCCACCACAACGCUGCUACCAACAUUACUACCUCGAAGACCAAAAGCCAACUCUUUAUCAUCAUCCUCAUCCUCGGGUAACUUUUGGAAUCAAAUGAGGUACGCAAUGGGGAUGAAAUCUAAAAAGACAGUACCUAAAAAAGUAUUCGGAACUUCCAUCGAUAUUCUGACAGAUCGGUGGGGCGUGGACUCCGAUCUUGGCGUGGGUCCCAAGAAAGUCAAGAUCCCGAUAAUUGUUGAUGAACUGAUAUCUUCUCUCCACCAAAUGGAUAUGUCUGUUGAAGGUAUUUUCAGGAAAAACGGGAACAUAAAAAGACUUGUUGAGCUGGCCACCUCGAUUGAUGAAAACCCAAUGGAGAUACCAGACUUGUCGAAGGAGAACUGUAUACAACUAUCUGCGUUAUUGAAGAAGUUUUUUAGAGAGUUGCCCGAUCCACUGCUGGCAGACCCCUUGUACGACGUGUGGAUUAGCGCGGCGAAGCUCAACUCGGAAAUGGAAAGCGAGAAGGUCAUUUCGCUGGCGUACUCGUUACUUCCUCAGUACAACAGAAAUGUUAUGGAGGUCAUUUUGUCAUUUCUGUAUUGGGCUUCGUCAUUUUCGCACAUUGAAAAUGAAAUGGGGUCCAAGAUGGACAUUCAUAACCUUUCCACUGUGAUAACCCCGAAUAUCCUUUAUUCGAGGAGGGAUCGCGACAGGGAACUAAACACGAACCUCACAGAGGCAUACUCGGCUGGAUUUGCUGAGAACGAAGGCCAACAUCACUUCCUUGCCAUCGAAGUUGUUGAUUUUCUCAUUACUCACAAUGAGGAAAUGGCGAUUAUCCCGCGGUACUUGUACAACUUGAUACAAGAAGUUAAAGGCUCCCAAUUGAUUGAGGAUGAAAAAAUCCGCGAGUUUAUUACCAAAAAGGUAAAGCAGGGACAAAUUGAUUACUCUGAAUUUAACAGACAAAACUCUGUCACGAUGAAAACAUCUACGACAAGAGUUGUACAGACCGAAGUCAACAAACGCUGA